AUUUGAAUUCAUAACCGCUAAGGGACAGUUGGUUGUAUGCAAUGCAAUGCAAAUAAAUCCAUCAAGAUAAGUCUCUCUUGGAGCUGAAUGGAGACUCUUUUGACUACUAUUAAAUCACCCAUUUAUAAAACCCAAUCCUUUUCCAAAUCCUCUCAUAAUUCCAAUCCUUCUUGCACGCUCAAACAAGCUUUCGUCUCACUUACAAACAAUCUAAACCACCCACAAACACGUCGUUUAGACGAUGCUUAUUCGACUGUUCUUGAGCAAUGUAUCACCAAACAAUCACUACCACUAGUCAAACAAGUUCACACCCAUGUCAUAAAAUCAUGUCACGUUGUUGAUACAACUUUCUUAAGUACAAAGCUCGUGUUCGCUUACGGGAAAUCCAGGUCAUUGUUUGAUGCACAGAAGGUGUUCGAUGAAAUGUCUGAACGAACUGUUUUCACUUGGAAUGCUUUAAUUGGAGGUUAUAUGGUAAAUGGGGAGCCUCUUGAAGCAAUUCGGUUGUUUGUGGAUAUGAAUGUGUUGGGAGUUUGCUCUGACGCGAGUACUUUUGCGUCGGUUGUCAAGUGUUGUGGUGAGGUUGAAGAUCGUUGUAUUGGAAUUCAAGUUCAUGGCUUGGUUGUUAAGUUGGGGUUUGUUUGUAAUGUGUAUGUUGGUAAUUCGUUGAUCGCGAUGUAUGCGAAAUGUAAUGAUUCAGAUUCAGCAAAGAUGUUGUUUGAGAGAUCGGAGAAGACUGAUGUGGUGUCGUGGAAUUCGAUUAUUUCAGCUUGUUCUGCUUCCGGGCAAGCUUCGGAGGCAUUAAGGCUGUUUAGAGAGAUGCAUGUAGUUAGGGUCGUGCCAAACUCGUAUACUUUCGUUGCCACUCUUCAAGCGUGUGAAGAGUCGUUAUAUUUGGUAUUUGGCAAGGAGCUUCAUGCUUUUCUUUUGAAAUCGGAUCUUUAUCAAGAUACACGUGUGAAAAACGCAUUGGUUGUUAUGUACGCAAAAUGUGGAAAAAUGAAAGAAGCCGCAAGCAUUUUCUAUGCUAUGGACGAAAAGGAUAGUAUUACGUGGAACUCUUUGCUAUCGGGAUUUGUUCAAAAUGGUUUUUAUGAUGCAGUGGUGGAUCUAUUUCACGAAAUGCAGAAUGCGGGUCAAAAACCUGACCGAUAUUCAAUUACAAGCAUGAUAUCUGCAGUUGGUCGUUUGGGAAGUUUGUUAAACAUUCGGGAAAUUCACGCAUACGCCAUGAAAAGAAUGAUGGACUCUGAUUUGCAGGUUUGUAAUACACUCGUUGAUAUAUAUGCGAAGUGUGGUAAAAUGAACUACGCGGAGUCUCUUUUUGAGAGGAUUGAUUGUAAAGAUAACAUUUCGUGGACGACCAUCAUUGCAGGCUAUGCGCAAAACGGGUAUCAUUCAAGGGCGUUAACGUCAUUUCGCCAAGCGCAGAUAAACAGAAUAGAAAGUGAUUCUAUGUUGCUUGCAAGCGUUCUGCAAGUUUGUAGUGAAUUGAAGUUAAAUUCUGUUGUGAAAGAAAUCCAUGCUCGUAUAAUACGAAAAGGGUUACGCAAUCUUGUCCUUGAGAAUACACUCGUUAAUACAUAUGGAAAAUGCGGAUGUGUAGAUUAUGCCGUUCAUGUUUAUGAACUUAUUAAGGUAAAGAAUGUUGUUUCUUGGACAACGAUGAUGAGCUGUCUUGUACAAAAUGGACUUGCAAAUGAAGCUCUUGAAGUUUUUGCUUCCAUGAAAGAAACAAAAAUCGAGCCCGAUUCAGUUUCGUUACUCUCCUUACUCUCAGCUACUGCGGGUUUAUCUUCGUUAAGAAAAGGAAAAGAGAUUCACGGGUAUUUAAUUAGAAAACAAUUUGCUCUACAUGGUCCAAUUUCAAGCUCUCUUGUUGAUAUGUACGCCUCAUGUGGAUCUAUAAAGAAUUCAUAUAACGUAUUUAGUUCCAUUGCGGUCAAAGAUUUAGUCUUGUGGACCAGCAUGGUCAACGCAUACGGAAUGCACGGGAUGGGAAAAGAGGCCGUUCGUUUAUUUAAUCAAAUGAUAGUUGAGAAAAUCCGUCUGGAUCACAUAAGUUUCUUGGCAAUACUUUAUGCGUGUAGCCAUUCGUUGUUGAUUGAUGAAGGAAAAGCGUUUUUCAAAUCAUUGGUGCAUGAUUAUGGUCUAAAUCCAUGGCCCGAACAUUAUACUUGUAUGGUUGAUCUUCUCGGUCGCGCAAACAGAUUAGACGACGCGAUUUUGUUUGUUGAAAAGAUGGAAACUAACCCAAAUGCCGCUAUUUGGCGUUCGCUUCUUGGUGCAUGCAAGGUGCAUUCCAAUGUAAAGUUAGGCAAUCUUGCAGCCGAAAAGCUUCUUGAACUAGAUCCAUACGAUAUAAAGAAUUAUGUUCUUGUAUCUAAUUUCUAUGCCUUAUGUGGCCAAUGGGAUGAUCUUGAAUACAUAAGAAAGAAAAUGAGACAAAAGGGUUUAAAGAAAGAUCCCGGUUGUAGUUGGAUUGAGAUCGGGAACAAGAUUCAUGUUUUUACGGUUAGAGACAAGUCUCAUCCAGAUUCUAAUGAGAUUUACAUCAAGUUAGAUGAAAUUAAUGAUGUUUUAAAGAGGGUAGGAGGGUAUAUGGAGAACGAUAAAGCGGAAAUGUUAAAUGGUCAUAGUGAAAGAUUGGCUAUUGCUUAUGGAUUACUCAAAACACAAGGAAUGCCGAUUUAUAUCACGAAGAAUCUUCGUGUUUGUGAUGAUUGUCAUACUUUUAGUAAGCUUGUUUCUAAGUAUUAUGAUCGAGAAAUUAUCGUUCGAGAUGCUAAUAGGUUUCAUCAUUUCGGCUUUGGAGUAUGCUCUUGUAAAGACUUCUGGUGAAAUUAUUUUUGUGAAAUCAUGCAAAUUGGUGGUUCAUUAUUGUACUUUCAUAUAGACCGAACUCCAUUG